AUGGCCCUGACCCAGGAGUCCGUGUUGUGUUUUCUGCUGGAGCGCGGAGGCAAAGUGAGAAACUCGGAGCUGGUGAGCCACUUCAGGAGCCUCAUUAUCAGCGGCGGCGAUCCCGCGGAAAGGCAGCACAACAGGGAGCUGUUCAAGAAGCUGGUGAACAGCGUGGCUGUGGUCCGGCAGAUCGACGAGGUGAAGUUCGUGGUGGUGAGGAAGCGCUACCAGGACUUCGUGAGGGAGGAGAUGUGCCUGCAGGCGCGGAUGGAGCAGAGCCUCUGCCGCCAGAACGCGGACAGCGAUGCGCGCAGCUCGUCGAGUACAAUAAGUCCAUACGGCGACGGUAGGAACUGCGCGCUGAGGGUGCAGGAAAGCGGGCCUUUGUCCGCCGCGGGUUCAACCACCGUAAAAGUGCUGAGUAUCUCCGGGGAUCAGCCGUGCAGAGCGGCUAAAUCUGGAGCCGUGUUCGCUGUCAUAGCGGUGAGAUCCCCGGAGAGAGGCUCUGCAGCAGGGGCAGGGGACGGAUCACUCCCCCAGGUGCAUCAGCAUGGAAACCCAGACAAACCAGCCCUCAGAGCUGCCUCAAUCCCACCUCCAACUUCUAAGCCCUCCUCCUCUCAUCAGAGGAAUUUAAUAAAAGAGUCCCAGUGCUGGAAAUCCAAGCAGGCAGAGGCCAAUCAGGGCCCGGGCUCUCCCCUGGCCAGGCCCCAAAACAAGACCUUCAGACAGGCUGAAGAUGCCAAAUACAGUGAGUCUGUGCCUUUGGAGCCAGUGGCCCACGAGUGGCUCGUAAAGUGUGCUGCUGGGCUGUGGGGACAAAUAUACGCCUUACUGCUGCAGGACGCGCGCUUAGCACAGAGGAAAGACUUCAUGUCGGGGUUCACAGCCUUGCACUGGGCCGCCAAGGGCGGCAGCUGUGACAUGAUACACAAACUCAUGGACGUUUCCAGCAAAAGGGGCACGUACGUCAACAUCAACAGCAAAGCACACGGGGGAUACACGCCUUUGCACAUCGCAGCCAUGCACGGCCACGCAGAGGUCAUGGUCGCUCUGGUGCAGCGCUACAAAGCAAGCGUGAACGAAAGAGACAACGACGGCAAGAAGGCGCUCCACUACCUGGGGGAAGGUGCCUCGGCCGAGGUCAGGGCCCUGCUGGGUGGGCCGCGGCGGAGCGGAGAGAAGACGGAGGACGAGGAAUACAAGGAGCACGCCAGGGGCUUCAACACCAUCAGCAAACUGUUCCACCCUCACUUAGGGAAGAAGCACAAGCCAUGCAGAAUUGCUCACGAGUGGUAG